AUGAUUGUGUGUAGUUUCUUAUUUUUCCUGGUUUGUCUGAACACAUGCCAAGGACUUGAACUCGACUCAUCGAAAUUUGAGAAGCUAGUGGUAUUGCCUCGCUCCAACAAGAUCCCUAAUGUAGACCAGGCAGCCGAUGGCGACACAACGACCUGUAUAGAGUACAGAAGACAGCCCCGUAAAAACGCUCGAGUGUGGAUCGACCUCCAGGGUCUCCAUAACGUACAUCGUGUCAUCGUUAGACACAGCGGAAUAGAUUCUAAUUCAGAUUUACAAAUGAUGAAAAACAUCCAAAUAAAGCUUUCUAAUACGACUUCCGCGUCUAAAAAGAAGGACUGUUUUACAAAUUACGAUGAUAUACCCUCGGACGGGGCUUUGGAUACUUCUACAAACUGUCUUCUCCAAUCUACACGGAGUGUUUACGUCAUCAGGCCCACGGAGCUGCGCUUCUGUGAGGUGGAAGUGUAUGGGUGUGUCUCCGGUCGGUGGGGAGCGUCAUGUGAAAACAGCUGUGGCGCAUGUGCAGGGGGUGACGUGUGUGAUUCCGUAACCGGACAUUGCUCGGGCGCAUGUGCGCAAGGAUGGAGUGGGAUCCUCUGUAAUAUAGCAACAGAAACAACAACACCACAACCGACAAUGACAACCUCAGCAACAAUAACAACGAUAACACAGCUAACAACAACAGCCCAAAACAUGUCAUCUAUAGCUUCAACUUUAGUAACAAGCUCCGAAACGAUCGUCAGCGGCACAACAAUAGACACAAAAGAUGAAAAUACGUUAUCAUCCAUGCCUUCAAGAAAUACACCGGAUGUAGUUAUCGUUAGCACAGGAGCACCUGUUAUUUCCGGAAAAACUACUGAAGGGUCAGGAGUUUCUACGGAAGAAACAUCCGAAAGUCUGCAGUUUGAAACAGUGGACGAAAAAACGACACAGUCUACAGAAACGCCGAAGGAAUCUUCAUUUUCAGGUGUGAUUUCACCAGUUACCUCCGGUAACACUGAAAUGAAUUUUACCAGCGGUACACGUGUUGUAAUGACGUCAACAACGGAAAACAUGUCAGUUAAACAAAAUUCUGAAACUGCCACAAUGAAUAAUCCAUAUUCUUCAACGGAAAGCAUGAAAUGGGAUAGUUAUACCACAGGAAAAGUAACAAAUUAUGGUGUUUCCUCAGAAGAUGGUCACUCCGCGCAAAUAUUGAACGUAACAUCUAAUCCAAAAGUCACCGAGGACGAAAACUUGGGUACAACGCGAAUGAUCGAUUCUCCGACAGGGACAAGUUCCAUAUCCACAACGACAUCCUAUUUCGACUGGUCGCACGAAACACAUUCAUCUACUGACGAUUUGUCACGCACAACUAAAGAUAUAGACGAUGUAAGUUUUGAUAUGCAAUCGUCAGACGUAAUGACGGAUUCGUCUGUCACAAUUCAAGACAAGAGUAGUGUAAGUUCCGGAAUAACAGUGACGGAAACAGUCACAGAUUUGUCCGUAACGUCUCAAGACACGGGUAGUGUAAGCUCCGGAAUAACAGUGACGGAAACAGUCACAGAUUUGUCCGUAACGUCUCAAGACACGGGUAGUGUUAGUUCCGGAGUAUACCCGACAGGAACAGUCACAGAUAUGUCAGUAACCAGCAACAUCACGGAGAUCGUCACAAAAGCUACACAAGUGCUUCGGGAAGUAGGGCGCACAUUUCCUGAUUCUAAAAAGACCCCUGCCUGUAAAGGGUUCACGUGCUCUCAAAAUAACCUCGUCGUCUUAGUUGGCAUCGUCGUUGCACUUCUUUUUAUAGCUACUAUCAUCGCGACAGUUUACAUGGUCAGACGGAGAGCACGCAAUAAGAGAAAUCGUGACUUUGAGAAAGGUGAUAGUUUUAAAACGUUUAACGGACUGCCUCUUCCUGAUAUCACCGCUGCAGCAAAGGCCCACGGAAGCAAUGGUGAUAUUACGUCUAAUAAAUUGGAAGAUAAUCUGGAAUCUGCUAACCAGGACGAUUGUUCCGAGAGCACUUCUUUCCUAGUUCCCUGUAACUUGUCUUCCUUCUCACCGAGUCAGGCCAAACCUACUGCGGUCGGCGACAUACAUGGUCACAUAAUGAUGAUGAAAGAAAGAUCACUUUUCAACAAAGAUUUCACGGGUCUUCCAGGUGUAGAUAUCAGCUCAUGUCAUGUAGGAACCAGUAAAAGAAAUUCGACAAGGAACCGGUAUUCUAACAUCACAACAUUUGAUCAUUCGAGAGUGGUCUUAGCGACAGAUAAAGAGGAAGAAAACGACUACAUCAACGCUAGCUACAUCGAUAGUUUUGAACAACCGAGGGCUUACAUUGCGACACAAGGGCCACUGAAACACACUACAGACGAUUUCUGGAACAUGGUUUGGCAGGAACGGUCAGAGAAAAUAGCCAUGUUGACAGAACUUCAGGAAAAUGGAAAGAAAAAAUGUGUGCAGUACUGGCCCGAAGAGAACGAAAGAUUGUCUGUCGGUAGUCUUACAGUUACACUGGAGAACGAAUAUCACUUCCCGAUCUACAAGCUAAGGACGUUCUUCAUCACAGACUGUAAGACACACGAGUGUCGGAAAGUGACACAGUUCCAGUUCACUGCCUGGCCGGACCAUGGUGUCCCCGAGGGAUUCCCGCUGAUUCUUUUCCAUGAUCGUGUGAUCAACCAGCCCUCGAGUGGCCCUAUGGUUGUACAUUGUAGUGCUGGAGUUGGUCGAACAGGAACAUUUAUUGCCCUAGAUGCAUUGAGUGAACAGGGACGCAAGACAGGUCACGUGACCAUCCAUCUCUUUGUGGAGUAUAUGAGGAGAUGUCGACCUCGUAUGGUACAAACACUAGACCAGUAUAUGUUCCUCUACAAUAUUCUGAUGGAAAAGUUCCUCUGUUCGAGCUCCUUGGUAGAGGCUGAAAGCUUGCGCGAAACGUGGAAACUCAACAGCGGUGGAGUACACGAACAGAAGAUUCGAGAAGAAUUUGAGAGACUCCAAGAGUUCCGCCCGAGAUAUAGCGGGGAAAAAUACAUGGCGGCGCACAAGAAAGAAAACUCCAGCAAAAACGGAACCACAGUUUUACCUGUCGAUACCUACAGAGUAAAGCUAGACAGCAGUGAGAAUGACUACAUCAACGCAGUCACCAUGCCAAACCUCGGGAGCAAAUCUGGCUACAUCGUUACGGAGAUACCGUUGUCUACGUCAAAAGCAAAUUUCUGGCAGAUGAUCCAUGAACAGAAAUGCAAUGUGAUAGUUUCCUUUGAUCAACCGUUAGAUGAAACGGGUGUGUCCAUUCUUCCCGAGACUGACCAGGAGCAGACUUUCGGGGCUUUCACCAUCAGACGGGGAGAUAGUGCAAUAGGAGGACCACACGGCAUACAGAGAGAGACCUACAUCAUGACGUGUGACAAUGAGGAGAACGAAGUAGCUGUGUUUUACUUGGCAGCAUGGGGGACGGAAGACAUACUCCCUCCAACGUGUGCUAGUCUCAUCUCUCUCCACCAGGAAACACAAAAAUGGCAAGAGAACAAAGGGCAAGGUCGGGUCACGGUCAUAUGUAGGGACGGUGCUGAGCGAUGCGGGUUGUACUGUACUGUUUGUAACAUGAUGGAAUGCAUCGACUGGUACAAUAGUGUAGACAUCUUCCAUACAGUCCGACAUUUACAGAUCUGUAGACCGGAGAUCAUAAACAGUCUGGUGCAGUAUUCCUGUUGUUUUGACGUUGCCCUGGCCUACACCGAUAUCUCGGACGGAACCAGUAUCAAACUCCCCAACAAUACUGUUUUCGUGUUUCCGACGACUUCAGUUUGA